UCGGGUUUUCUCAAAGUUUUCGCAGAAUUCCUUCAAACUAACUGGUUAAUAGUUGAAUUAUAUACUUAAAUACAAAAUUAAACCCCAGUCUAUCGGUUAUAAGUGGCGUUAUCCAACAUUUUCCCGCUCAUUUCGUCUUUAACCGAAGAAAAUCAGCGUGUUCCUGUGUCAGUAACCGACCGCCAUCUCCGGAAACGAGAAGUCAGCUGCUAGGAAGCUGAGGGUGUUUAUCCCUGAAUUAGCCGGAUGGCUAACGCUGUCAGUUGUUAGGGUAUAUUUUACACCGCUGGGGUUGUUUCUGUGAAACAGCUGAACGGCUGUUAUUUAUAAAGUGAGAGUCAGAGACAGACGGUGAAGAUGAAGACCGUGUUUUUCGUCGAGGUUUUCUCUUUGGCGUGUUUUGUGGUUCUGAGCCAAGUGACAGCAAAGAAUUCUGAAGACUACCGCUGUAAAUGCAUCUGUCCGCCGUACAGAGAAAUCGAGGGGCAAAUCUACAAACAGAACGUUUCUCUGAAGGACUGUAACUGUCUCCACGUAGUGGAACCGAUGCCGGUGGACGGGAAAGACGUGGAGGCGUACUGUUUGCGAUGUGAGUGUAAAUAUGAAGAGAGGAGCUCAGGAACCAUCAAGUUUACCAUCAUCAUGUACCUCUCCAUCCUGGGCCUGCUGCUGCUCUACAUGGUCUACCUGACUCUCCUGGAGCCCAUGUUGAAGAGGCGUCUGUUUGGACACUCGCAGCUCAUCCAAAGCGACGACGAUGUCGGGGACCAGCAGCCUUUCGCCAACGCUCACAACGUUCUGUCCCGUUCACACUCUCGACCCAACAUGCUGAACAAAGUGGAGCACGCCCAGCAGCGCUGGAGGAGGCAGGUCCAGGAACAGCGGAAGUCCGUGUUCGACCGCCAUGUUGUUCUCAGUUAAACUGCCCCGUGAGCAAGAGUUACUGGUGGAGCAAAAAAAAAAAAAAAAAGAAAAGCAAAAAAAAACAAAACAACAACAACAACAAAAAAGAAAACACUGUGACAGAGCCCUCAGUUUAUAUCACUUUCUUUUUCUCAUUGGUGGUUUGUAUCUCAUCCAGUGUGACGCUCCUGAGCUGAACAUGGUGAACAAGUCUCCUGGCAGACGUGUGAUCAGAGCUGAAGUCUGCAGACAGCACAAGAGGUUCCAGUGAAUUCACUGUUUUUUGCACAAUUUUGAACAAACAGUCUUAAAAAGCAUCUCCAUGAGCAGAAUUUCCUCUCUGCCUGCUGUCUAGUUUGCAGAAGUGCCAAGUCACCCGAGAAUUUACCAUGAAAAAUUCAAUGGUCAAGACUAAAAAGAUAAAAACGAAUCGUUCAAGUGGAUAUUUGAUAACAUUAUCAAACUCUUUGAGGUGGAGUCCAUCAGUCCAACACUGACGGCCUCCUGGCUGCAGUAAUGAGCUGUUAGCAUGUAGCUGGUUCACCCCCCAAAUAAAACAAAUAUCUGUUGGAACUGCUGCUCUCACCACAGGAGAAAGGAACUAGUGUAAAAUAUGAAUCCUCCAGACUUCUUUGGAAAUGCAUGUUUUAUAAUAAAUCUUUUAUAAAUGUGUUUUCGGUCCUUCAUUCCUACCAUUACGUUUAACGUCUGAUAACUGGUGUGGAAUCCAUCAUUUAAUGCGUUAAAGUAGUUUCACUGAACCUCGUCACAGAAAUCGAUGCAAUUUUCUUGGUGAUGUCAUAGUUAACGUAGCUGUGCUAUUGAUCCUGAUCCGUUGAUGAAGAAAUCAGUGCCCUCUUCAACUGCCUAAAAAAUCUAAUGCAGUCGUUUAAGUUUGUUUUGUGAGUAGCUGGGCUGUGUACAUGAGCAGAGUGGAUCCUGGAGACCUUUGAAAGUGUUCUUAACUAUUGUAUAUGUGGUACCUUUAACUUUGAAAUAAAUUUAUGUAAUAUUUGUGA